UGAGCUGAAAAGAAACAAAAGAAACGAAGCAGAAGUGAAGUCCUGAACAAACUAAUCCUUACACUUGAUGUAUUUAUGAAACUGCAGCACAUCGCCAAGUCAAUUGAGCUGUUCAGUUUUACUUCUUGAUGUUCAGUAGAAUCUUGGGACACAGAUGAAUUGAUUGGAGACGAGCGAAAAUGUCUUUCGCUGAAUUUAUCCAGCAAAGCGAAGACAGGGAUGGCGUGAGGCUGACAUGGAACGUCUGGCCCUCAUCGCGGCUGGAAUCGACAAGAAUUGUCAUUCCACUUGGUGCUAUGUACCAGCCGUUGAAGGACAGACCGCAAUUCCCUGUUGUAGCGUAUGAGCCUGUGAUGUGCACGCGCCAAACGUGUAGAGCUGUUCUUAACCCGUUCUGUCAAAUUGAUUAUCGUGCAAAGCUCUGGGUCUGCAAUUUCUGUCACCAGCGUAAUGCGUUCCCACAGCACUAUCAAGCAAUCACUGCUGAGCACCAGCCAGCCGAGAUCAUCGGCGGAUAUUCGUCUAUUGAGUACACUGUACAGCAACGAGCACCACUACCGCUGGUCUACCUAUUUGUCGUGGAUCUAUGUUUGGAUGAUGAUGAUCUUCAGGCACUGAAGGAGUCUCUUCAGAUGUCUCUGUCUCUUCUUCCUCCAACUGCAUUAGUUGGCUUGGUUACAUAUGGCAAGAUGGUGCAUGUUCAUGAACUGGGCUCAGAAGGUAUUGCGAAGAGCUUUGUAUUUCAUGGCAAGAAAGAUUACACGGUGAAGCAGGUCCAGGAGUAUCUCAACCUCUCCGGCGGCGCUGGUGCUAAGGCCCCUAACCAGCCCACUGCACAGCAGCCACAGGGACAACAGCCGCAACAUCAACCCUCCUCGUACCGAUUCUUGCAACCAGUUCAGCAGUGCGAUAUGAACUUGACAGAUCUGAUUAGUGAACUGCAGGCAGACCCGUGGCCGGUACCGACCGGAAAGAGACCCGACAGGUCCUCCGGUGCUGCACUAUCGGUUGCACUGAGUCUACUGGAGUGCACGUAUCCUAAUGUCGGUGGACGCAUCAUGAUGUUUGUCGGUGGUCCAGCCACACAAGGCCCAGGCAUGGUCGUGUCCAACGACUUGAAGGAGACGAUUCGCACACAUCAUGAUGUCGAGAAAGACAACUGCCGCUACAUGAAGAAGUCAUUGAAGCACUUCAAUCAACUAGCUCAGCGUGCUUCUACCAAUGGCCAUGUUGUAGACCUGUUUGCUUGUUCUCUGCGACAACCGGGUCUCCAUGAAAUGGCUGCGGUAUGCGACUUGACAGGUGGUCAUAUGAUCCUCGGUGAUUCGUUUGACACGUCCUUGUUCAAGCAGUCGUUCCAGCGAGUUUUCCUGAAGGAUGCUCAAGGCCACUUGAAAAUGGCACUUGGCGCUCAGCUGGAAGUCAAGGUCAGCCGGGAGUUGAAGAUCAAGGGAGCCCUCGGUCCUCUUGUGUCCCUCGGGCGAAAAGGUGGCAGUGUUGCAGAUGAGGAGGUUGGUGUUGGAGGCACCAGCGCAUGGAAGCUGUGUGGACUAGAUGACCGGACGACGGUUGGUGUCUUCUUUGAAGUUGUCAACCAGCAUGCGACACCCAUUCCGCAAGGCCAACUCGGCGCAAUUCAGUUCAUCACAACGUAUCAGCAUUCCAGUGGACAGCGUCGGAUACGUGUCACAACUGUGGCGCGCAACUGGGCAGAUGGCACAAUGCUGCAGCAGAUUGGUUCCGGGUUUGACCAGGAGUGUGCUGCCGUCAUGAUGGCUCGUGUUGCAGUCAGCAAGGCUGAGCAUGGCGAAGGACCAGACGUACUCCGCUGGUUGGAUCGCACUCUCAUUCGCAUGUGCCAGAAGUUUGGCCAGUACAACAAGGAUGAUCCGAAUUCUUUCCGCAUUGAGAAUCACUUCAGUCUAUACCCACAGUUCGUAUUCCAUCUGCGGCGUUCGCAGUUCCUGCAAGUAUUUAACAACAGUCCUGAUGAAACAGCGUUUUAUAGGAACAAGUUGAAUCGUGAGGAUGUGACAUCAUGCCUCAUUAUGAUCCAGCCUGUCUUAUACGCGUACUCCUUCAGUGGGCCGCCAGAGCCGGUUCUCUUGGACAGUGCAAGCAUCAAGAAGGAUAGAAUUCUGCUGCUGGACAGCUUUUUCCAUAUCCUGAUCUUCCACGGCGAGACGAUUGCUGCAUGGCGGAAAGCAAAGUAUCAAGACCAGCCCAACUACGAGAACUUCAAGCAGCUGCUGCAGGCACCCGUAGAUGAUGCACAGGAAAUCUUGCGCAAUCGAUUCCCCGUCCCUCGCUACAUUGACUGUGAUGAAGGCGGCAGUCAGGCACGCUUCUUACUAACACGCGUCAACCCAAGUGCCACGCCCAACACUUCAGGUCCAUGGGGACAACAGCAGGAGGGAGGUGCUGCUGUGCUGACUGAUGACGUGAGCUUGCAAGUUUUUAUGGAGCAUUUGAAGAAGCUGGCAGUUGAUGGCCAGUAAGAAGUUGAUGGUGUGUGAUGGUGACCUAUGUAUUCACAGACUUUAUGUUUUCGCCUUCGUCGCUAUCGCUGUCGUCAUUGCUGUUGUUGUUGUCGUUGCCGUUGUCGUUGUUGUUGUUUGCCAUAGCGUUCUUCUAUCGUUUUUUUAUAGGUUUUCUAUUGGAAAUAGUACUCGUCUCUCUUAAUUUUUCAAAUGUUUAUUUCAUUUCAUGCUACUGCGUUGACCAACUACUGCCAUGUAUUCUAGAUGUCUAAGGACUUCCAUUUUGAAGAUGUUGUUGUGCCUGCCCUCAAGCGAGUGAGUGGAUUGGUAGCAUGUUGAUUGCGGUGAUAACGCGCAACAGUCCUGCUCACUACUGAGCCCGUGUGUGUGAAAUGUACUUCAGCAAUUUAUUUUCAUUAUAAUUCAUUUGUACCAAGAGUACAUGACUCCACGAGUGGAUAACUCCGUUGGGUAGUGAUCUCAUCAAGAUUCUUCUUCUACACCGUCAGAUCUCUCUGAGCUCUGCAUUUUCUCAAUCACAAAAAAAGUUCGUGAUGCAAGGAAUGACGACUACACCAUA